GAAGUGAUUUGGCAACUACCACUCAUCUUAGAACCACCUAUAGAAAUGGCACAAGUGUCCGCAGCAUCAUCCCCAUCAUCCAGAUGAUAUCCGUCUCCCCAAUAUACUACCGAUAUCAGGUUCAAGACCCACCGAACCGGUGCAACUGGAUGACUGCUCUUGAACCAAUCAUCGAACAGCAGGGUGUAUACAAAAACCGCUCAUAUCAGAGCAAUGGCUAUAUAAUGACCUCUUCAACCCUCAUGUCCCAGUCCCAUGCUUCAUACUUCAGCCUUCAUUAGCAUUGAUUAGAACACUCCAAGAUGACAUUCACCCCCCAGACCCCGGCCGCCGAGAUCACGGCUUCCUUCCCAGAAGCCGUGCAGGGCAAGACCAUCCUCAUCACCGGCGUCUCCCCAGGCAGCUUGGGACUUGCAACCGCCGAAGCCUUUGCCUCCCAGUCGCCUGAAAACCUGAUCAUCUCAGGACGAUCCACCGAGAAAGUCCAAGCGGCCAUCACCCACCUCGAAACAACCUACCCAGCCACCACCUACCACGCCCUGAUCAUGGACCUAUCCUCCCAGAAAUCCGUCCGCGCCGCAGCAUCCCAACUCCUGGCCGACACUUCCAUCCCCACCAUCGAUAUCCUGAUCAACAACGCAGGCGUCAUGUCCAUUCCCACCCGAACCCUCACCGAGGACGGACUCGAGACAACCUUUGCAACAAACCACAUCGGCCACUUCCUCUUUACCAACCUUAUCCUACCUAAGCUGAUCAAGGCCGCUUCUACCACCGCCACCACCACCAAAGCCACCGACUCCGGCCUUGCUCCCCCAACAAGAAUCAUCAACCUCUCCUCCUUCGGCCACCAAUUCUCCCCCGUCCGCUUCACCGACCUCUCCUUCACCAAAGUCCCCAACGAACUACCCGAGUCCGAGCGUCCCGACCUCCAGAAAACAGAGUACCUCACCGGCAACUUUCACGCAGACGAGGCAUACUACGGCUUCUUCUCCUACGGACAGUCCAAGACCGCCAAUAUCCUGCACGCGAUAUCCCUCAACCAGAAACUACUUGCAAAGUACAACAUCGCUGUGUUUGCCGUACACCCCGGCACUGUCGACACGGGGAUUGGUCGACAUGCGACACCUAGCGAGAUUGAGACGGCCCUGCAGAGGGUGAAGGAUUUGGGGAUGGAUCCUACGCCGAAGUCAAGGGAAGUGGGGGCUAAUACGACGGUUCUGGCGGCGGUGGAUCCGCGUUUGAAGGUGGUGGAUGUUAGUAGUGAGGAUGGACAGGUCAAGGGGGUCUAUUUGGCGGAUUGUAAGGUUGAUGAUGGGGGUGCUGUUGCGUUUGCGACUGAUAGGGGAAUUGCGGAGAGGCUUUGGAGUGUGAGUGAGGAGCUUGUGGGGGAGAGGUUUGAGUUUUAGGUGUGUGUUGGUUUUGUC